AGAAAUAAUUGAUUGAAAUAUUAAUUGAUUUAUAGUUCUUAUGCUUUCUCUGGCUCUUCCUAUGAUAUUGUCCACAUUUUGCCUAAUCAACGUGAUAUUCGAUUCGUUUUAUAUACGACCAUAUAUUCUUGUGUCUGUGAGAUUGCUUUAUUAGUAAAUGUGACAGUGUACUAAAUAAUAGGUUUGAAAAAUUUGUUCUAUUCAAAUGUAAUUUGAAGCAGGCAAUUUUUAAAAAUUUGUUCUUUCCUUACAUAUUUGUGUAGAAUAUAGAGAUACAAGUUGCUCUACAAAUUUUACUAAUUUGUAAUUAUAAUGGUAUAUUGGCUACCAAAGAAACGUUUUAAAAAGAGCUACUAACAAAUAUGCAGACAACUUAUCUACUAUUAGCUGCACUGUUACCUUUCGCCGUUCAUGAUAUUUGGUAUGCAAGAAUAUACUUAUUUUGGAUCAUGAAAGUAUCAAUAAUCACAUACCUUAUUAUAUUUGGGCUUCUGCCUAUUAUAUUUCACUACUCAUAUACCAUACAAAAGAAGAUUCUUUUUUUAAAUUUUGUGCAAUGGCCACUUAAUGUAGAUUUUUCGAAACCAGAAUUAGUUGGAAUGAAAGGAACAAGAAACUUUUAUUUACAGACUGAUCAACAAGUAAAAAUAGGACUAUGGCAAAUAUUACCUCAGUCUUUACUAAAUGAUUCAAUUAUUACAACUGAUGAUGAUUAUGAAACUAUGUUAAAAAAUGCUAAACGACCAAUUUUCCUUUAUAUGCAUGGUAAUAGCGGUAAUAGAGCAAGCAAUCAUCGUUUAGAAUUAUAUAAACUUUUCCAGAGUUUAGAUUAUCAUGUUGUAUGUUUUGAUUAUAGAGGUUAUGGUGAUAGUGAAGAAGCAGAACUUUCUGAAAUAGGUGUAGUUAGUGAUAGUAAAUAUGUACUUGAAUGGUUAUUAAAAAUAGUAAAUGGUACAGCUCCUGUUUUUGUAUGGGGACAUUCAUUAGGAACUGGAGUUUCAGUUCAUGUAUUGGCAUUAUUAGCAACAGAAAAAGUUCAGCCUGCAGGUUUAUUCUUGGAAUCACCAUUUAAUAAUAUAGCAGAUGAAUUAAGUGAACAUCCUUUAUCACAGAUAUUUAAACAUUUACCAUGGUUCCAUUGGGUAAUUGUUGAACCGUUUUAUGAUAAUUAUCUCCGUUUUGAAUCUGAUAAACACAUAGAAAAAAUCCAAUGUCCUAUUAUGAUAUUGCAUGCAGAAGAUGAUAAUAUUGUUCCAUUUGCUUUAGGUGAAAAGUUAUUUAAAGCGGCAAUAAAUUAUCAUGGAAACGACACAAAUCGCGUUCAGAUGACAAGGAUUGAUGCAACACAUGGUUUUGGACAUAAAUAUAUAUGUCGUUAUAAAAACUUACCUAAUAUAAUUAAAUCAUUUGUACACGAGGUACGUAAAAACCAGACUGAUUAAAAUAUAUAUUAAAAUGUCAGCAUAUAUGUACCUUUAUAUAAGUAUUUUUUACACUAAAUAUUAGUAGAUGAUUAAUAUAAAAUAUAAUGAAAGAAUAUCUUUUAUGCUGCAAGUCAGAAUCAAUACUAUUUUACUGGAACAUGUAAAGUUUAUUUAUUGUAUAAUUGUAUUUUCUCUUUUAAAUGAAGCGGUUUUCAUUAUUUACAUCCCGUAUAGUACAAGACUAUUAAACCUUAAAUGUAUUCAUGCUAUAAGUAUAAAAGUGAUAUUUCUUGUACAUGGAAAAAUAUAGCGACGUCAAAGUUC